AUGGAGGAGGACACCCCGUGGGACGGCAUCGAAAAUGGAAUCGAUGAUCCGGAAGAGUUGCAGGUCAUCUACCGCACGCUUGACUCUUAUCAGCAAUAUGCUAAGACAUCCCAUUUCCAAUGUACGCAUCUGCGUAGGCAGGCGUUCUACGCUUUGCCACAAGCCCACUGGCAGAGGCUUGCGGCCCCUCCAUUCAACUAUCUAGACACUCUGAACAAGAUAGACGACGCCAUCGAAUCCAACGCCGAGCUCGCCCGCACCAUCUUCAAGAGGGGUCUGGAGAUGUUCCAUGUUGGUGUUCCCUCCGAGACGGGUGAACUGAAGUUGCCUCCACAAUGGAAUGGCUCAGCCAAGCCCGGCGACAUCGACAAAGCCCGCAGCACAAUCCGCCAGUUCUACCGUGACUGGUCGGCCGAAGGUGCCGGGGAACGAGAGGCUAGCUUUGGGCCCGUCUUGCGCGCCAUCGCUGCAGAGCAGAGCGCGAGGGGGCCGAACCACCCCUCGCUCAAGAUCCUCGUUCCUGGUGCAGGUCUCGGCCGGUUCGUUUUUGAGUUGUGCAGGAGCGGAUACGAAGCCGAGGGCAACGAGAUCUCGUAUCACCAGCUGCUGGCAUCCUCGUACAUCCUUAACUGCUGCCAGAGUGCCGGCCAGCAUACGAUCUUCCCCUGGAUUCACUCCUUUUCAAAUCAUAGAUCCAGGGCCAACCACCUGCGGAGUUACUCCGUCCCGGAUUUGCACUGCGCCACGGAGCUCACAGAGGCGGAGAAGACGGAACGCGUUGGUUCUAUGAGCAUGAGCGCCGCCGACUUCUUGUGUCUUUACGCCGAAGAAGACAGGGCGGCAGCCUACGAUGUGGUUGCCACCGUCUUCUUUUUGGACACGGCGCCUAACCUCAUACGGUACCUGGAGACCAUAUUUCACUGCCUCAAGCCGGGCGGCAUCCUCGUCAACAUCGGCCCUCUGUUAUGGCAUUUUGAGGGCCGCGUGUGGGACCGGGACGAACACGAGGACGGCGACCCCGACUCCGGCCACGACACAUCUGGGAUAGCAGAUCCGGGUAACUUUGAACUCACGGACGAGGAGGUGAUGGCAUUGGUGACCGACGUCGGGUUCGAGGUCGUGUCAAGGGAAACGGGCAUCGAGGCACCGUACAUCGUCGACAAGGAGUCGAUGUUGCAAACAACGUAUAAGGCAAGCGCAUGGGUUGCUCGCAAGCCGACGGCAUCUGCAGUUUAA